AUGAAGCCCCACGGCUACAUGUUCAUUCUGGGAAAUAGCUGCUCUCCACGCUGGAAGCUGUGCGUCAGCGACACAGACAGCGCCCUGGGCUUCGCUCUAGGAGCCAUGUUUGUCAAAGACACCUUUCCCGAAGACAGCAAGACCAUUGCUGAGGAUAUGGUUGCAGAGAUUAAAUGGGCGUUUGAGGACAGCCUGAAAGAUGUGAGCUGGAUGGAUUCGGAGACAAAAAAAGCAGCCAAAGAAAAGGCGGAUGCAAUAUACAACAUGGUUGGAUAUCCAGAGUUCAUCAUGAACUCCACAAAGCUGGACAAAGUGUUCAAUGAUUUUGAGGUGGUGAACGAACUCUACUUCCAAAAUGUCAUGCAGUACUACAACUUCUCAGCCCGAGUGACUGCGGACCAGCUGAGGAAAACUCCCAACAGAAACCAGUGGAGCAUGACCCCUCCGACCGUGAAUGCAUAUUACAACCCAACGAAGAAUGAGAUGGUUCUGCCUGCAGGAAUCCUUCAGGCUCCGUUUUACAGUCGUUCCUGGCCUAAAGCUCUUAACUUUGGGGGAAUUGGCGUCGUCAUGGGACAUGAAUUGACUCAUGCUUUUGAUGACCAAGGGAGGGAAUACGACAAAGAUGGAAACCUGCGUCCCUGGUGGAAGAAUUCCUCAGUAGAGGCCUUCAAGACGCAGACUCAUUGCAUGGUGGAGCAAUACGGAAAUUACAGCAUCAACAAAGAGCCUCUGAAUGGAAGACACACCCUGGGAGAGAACAUCGCUGACAACGGUGGACUCAAGGCCGCCUACAAGGCUUAUGUGAACUGGGUCAAAAAGAACGGUGAGGAGGCCACGCUGCCUGCACUUGGGAUGACGAACGAUCAGCUAUUCUUUGUAGGAUUUGCACAGGUAUGGUGCUCUGUCAGGACACCUGAAAGCUCACAUGAAGGCGUCAUCACAGAUCCUCACAGUCCAUCAAGAUUCAGAGUCAUCGGCACCAUCUCCAAUUCACAAGAAUUCUCAAAGCACUUUGGCUGCAAAGCAGACGCUCCUAUGAACCCUAAACACAAGUGUGAGCUUUGGUGAUGUUUAUCAGCAAGGAGAAAAUGGACGUUGGGGAGAAAGGAAUGACAAAGUCUCUACUGACGGGGAACGCAAGAACCACUGAAAGUCCUUCUGCCUUACCACUUAAUGCUUAUCAGGAUCCUUAUCAGGACAGAAUGUACCUGCUUUGCAUGCAGGAUUGCAAUCUUCAGUGCUUCUCCAAAAGACCUGUUGGUUUAAGCUAGCAGCUUUCCCUGAAUUAAAUGUAACUAUGAAUGCGCUUUUUGAACACUGGAAAUCCAAAAAAUGGUUACAGAAAAUGGGGGAACCACUCUCAAAUCUUGUCAUCUGCUUGUUUGUCACAUGUGGUGAUAAAUAAGCAAAGGGCUCUUUCUUUUUCCUGUAACUUUUCACUGUGCUUAGAUCUUCUGCAAUUUAUUGUUAUUGUGUUUUAUUUAUGCUCACAAUUUUUUAUAUGAAAGUGAAACAGGGACCUGCAAGAUUUUUAAUCUAAUGAAACGGACAACUCUUAAUGUUAAUUAAGAAUGUUGUUAUUUGUGUAAAACUACAGUAACUGUAAUUACAUUUUAAUAAUUAAUUUUAAAGCUGAAUUACAAAUAUUUUAUGUACUAUCUGGUCAAACCGUUACAUUUUAUAGAGAUGCUGACAUGAAAUUGUGUUCCGUUGCUGCUGUUUGGAAUUAAGACAUUUCCUGCAAAACAGUUACUACUUUUCUUCCUGCAGAAUUUAUGGUCCUUAACAAUUAUUCAAGAUUAAGUGUUUGUCACAAAAUAUUUUGUAUAGUAAAACCAAUCUUUAAAAAAA